CCGCCGCCGCUCGGGGUCGCCUCUAGCCCCAGAUUCCCGAGCGCUCGGCUGGCAUGGCAGAGGCCUCGGCGCCCGGCCCCGCGGCCAGCUAGGGGCGGCCUCGCGUCCCUGCCCAGCCCCUCAGCGGAGCCCGUCGGAUCCGGCCUCGCUCUGCUGCCCGGGACACGCCGCCUCCCAGCCGGAGGUUCCCGCUACCGGCAUCCACUUCUUCUGUCCCGGUGCCCUGCUCCCUCGUCGGCUUUUGUCAAUUGGAGCCCAUAUCCUUGCCGCUAUCUCCGCGUCCAGCCGCCUCCCAGCCAGUGCCGUCCCACAGGUGUCUACACAUCUGGCCGUCCAUCCGUCGGUCCCUCCUGGGGCGGACGCUGACCAUGCCCAGCGGUUGCCGCUGCCUACAUCUCGUGUGCCUGUUGUGCAUCCUGGGGGCAUCGGGUCAGCCUGUCAGAGCGGAUGACUGCAGCUCCCACUGUGACCUGGCCCACGGCUGCUGUGCACCUGAUGGCUCCUGCAGGUGUGACCCAGGCUGGGAGGGGCUGCAUUGUGAACGCUGUGUGAGAAUGCCUGGCUGUCAGCAUGGUACCUGCCACCAGCCCUGGCAAUGCAUCUGCCACAGUGGCUGGGCAGGCAAGUUCUGCGACAAAGAUGAGCACAUCUGCACCUCCCAGUCCCCCUGCCGGAAUGGAGGCCAGUGUGUGUAUGAUGGGGGUGGCGAGUACCACUGCGUGUGCCUACCAGGAUUCCAUGGGCAUGACUGUGAGCGCAAGACUGGACCCUGUGAGCAGGCAGGCUCCCCAUGUCGGAACGGCGGGCAAUGCCAGGACGACCAGGGCUUUGCCCUCAACUUCACGUGCCGCUGCUUGGCAGGCUUUGUGGGUGCCCACUGUGAGGUGAAUGUCGACGACUGCCUGAUGCGGCCUUGUGCUAAUGGUGCCACCUGCCUUGAUGGCAUAAACCGCUUUUCCUGCCUCUGCCCUGAGGGCUUUGCUGGACGCUUCUGCACCAUCAACCUGGAUGACUGUGCCAGCCGCCCGUGCCAGAGAGGGGCUCGAUGUCGAGACCGGGUCCAUGACUUUGACUGCCUGUGCCCCAGUGGUUAUGGUGGCAAGACUUGUGAGCUUGUCUUACCUGUCCCAGACCCUGCCACCACGGUGGGCACUCCCCUAGGGCCCACCUCGGCUGUGGUGGUACCUGCUACAGGGCCAGUCCCCCACAGUGUGGGGGCAGGUCUUCUGAGGAUCUCUGUGAAGGAGGUGGUGCGGAGACAAGAAGCUGGGCUAGGUGAGUCUAGCUUGGUGGCCCUGGUGGUGUUUGGGGCCCUCACUGCCGCCCUGGUCCUGUCCACUGUAUUGUUGACCCUGAGGGCUUGGCGCCGGGGCAUCUGUCCCCCAGGACCCUGUUGCUAUCCUGCCCCACAUUAUGCCCCAGCACGUCAGGACCAGGAAUGUCAGGUUAGCAUGCUGCCAGCAGGGCUCCCCCUGCCACCCGACCUGCCCCUUGAGCCUGGAAAGACCACAGCACUGUGAUGGAGGUGGGAGCUUUCUGGCCCCCUUCCUUACCUCCUCCACACCUCAGCCUGGAGUGGUCCUUCCUUGCUACCCCUCAGUUUGGGUAUACAUACUGAGGGGAGACUUCAGCCUUGUACCAGAAAUAUUAUUUUUUUAAUAUACAGAAUGUAAGACAGGAAUUUUAUCAAAUAAAACUAUGAAAAUGCACGUGGGCUCCUAUGCCAGAAAAACCCACCUCAAGUCACAGGUGCAAGAGGGCCAGAGCAGAGGCCUGAUUCUGGGGAAGCCUCAGCACUCUGCCCUCAGGGAGGGAUUUCCAACAAGGAACCCAGGUUGCCAUUUCUCCUCUGGGGAAGUAAGGGAGGUAGAGCCACAGAGGGAGAAGAAGCAAGCCCUUCCGGGUCACCUGGAGGAGAGAACUCUGGAGGGUACGGUGUGGGGCUCAGGGUCCUCCAAGAGAGGAGGGGCCUCCCUGCUGGCUACUCUGCAGCAGCUGUUGGAACAGUGAGUGGGGCUGGUUACACAGGGCAGAGGGGGAGUCCAUCUCCAUGACCCUCCCUGCUUGUAGCACCAGCACCCGGUCGGAGUUCAGGAUUGUGUUGAGCCUGU